AUGACCGCUGCCGCUAAUCCUCCCGCCUUCAUCCUAGCCGGCGACAGCACAACAGCCGUGCAAAGCACCGGCGGCGGCGGCUGGGGCAACGGGUUCAUCUCAUUCCUGAAUAGUCCAGCCUGGGGCGUGAACAAGGGCCACAACGGCGCCACCACAAAGUCAUUCGUCGAUGGUGGGGACUGGAGCGUCGUAACGGGUCUCGUAAGCGAGAGCAUCGCAAGCUACGAUACAUAUGUGACGAUUCAAUUCGGGCACAACGAUCAGAAGAAUACGUCUGGCCUCACGUUGGAGCAGUACCAGACCAAUCUGGUAAACUUGGCGAAUGAGAUAUGGGAGUUAGGGGCCACGCCUAUCCUCCUAACACCACUGACCCGCCGAAACUUCGCAUCGGCACACAACGCAACAGACUCCCUCGCCUCCGAACGCGUCGCCACAAUCGCCGCAGCUUCAGCUUCAAACACAACAUAUCUCGACCUGAACGCAGCAAGCCUAUCCUACAUCAACUCAAUAGGCGAAGCCACCGCACACACAUACAACUUGUACCCCGACGACAACACACACCUGAACUCCUGGGGAAGCAUAGUCUUCGGACGAAUAGUAGCCGAUCUACUCCUUGAAGAGAAACCUGCGUUGGCAGCGUGGAUCAGCGCGAACGAGACGAUGAGCGAGCUAAUCAGGGAUGGACUGCCCGCUUGA